CCUCCCCCACUUUUCCAAAUGAAGAGAUAUGAACUACCUACUUUUUCAACUCUGAAUGGCACGCUGACAGUUCGUUCCAACGAAUUACCGCCGCGACCGUUAUUCGCUGAAGCCCCGCCCAAUUUGGCUCCGCCCAAUUUGGCUCCGCCCACCUCCUCCGCGCCUCGUCCGACAGAUGGCAGCAGCGUCGUCGAGGGCCUGGUUGCCGCGUGAAGUUCGCUCCCUCGUCAAGAGCCAUUCGGUCGUUGUGCCUGUAGCUUAGGCUUUUGAAUUUGCUCUCUGUGGUUUGAUAUUCGAAGAAAAGGAUUUUCAUUUCGUAGGCUGAUAUUUUUUUUUAGUUAGAUUUUUUGUUUGUUCUUUUGUGAAGUUGAUUAGAAAAACAAAAAUCUUAAUAUAUGAUCUAAAGACGUGUUAGUCGGUAUAUAUUGUGCAGAACAUCAAACAUAUUUCUAAAAAUCGUUUACGUGAAGUGAUUUUGAAGAAGAAAAAGAAAAGAAAAAGAACUUUAAGAAAUAGAUGAAGUAGUAGUAGUAGAAAAACAAGUAUAAAGAGGAAAAAAGACAUGAGCCGUUUGCCCACAAUAGCUUUGCUCACCCUGUGCCUUUUCCUACCGAAGGCUCUUUCACAAUCGAUUCUAGAUAACACGUCAGAAGUGGCAAGCAACAUUCUUCAUCAGAUCGAGGAGCAUUUAAAUAGCGUCACGAACAGCGGUGAAGCCAGAAUGGGAGGAUACGGAGGGUGUUCCGACUCGUUUAGCGUGUUCGGAUUCCUGGCCUUCCUCUUGGCGUUGCUCGACCUCAUCCUCGAACUACAAGGAAACAGGAGGAAGAAGCGAGACACUCGAGGAAUGGAGGGGGACGCCAGUCUCAAGGCUGAGUGUCAGAGCCAGGACGAACUGCAACAGGCGACCUCGGCUUGCUACAGCCUCCUUCGCGGUUUCCUCAACGCCCUCGCUGCACAGGACCCCGAGUGCGCCAGGAGGUUCCUCUGCGAAGGCGCUGAAGAAGCCGCUGCUGCAGGCCCUGUAGGAGAAGUGAUUGCUUCCGUCGGCAGUGCCAACGCUGGCUCGUGGUUAGAGAAGGUAAACACCACGCUCUUCAGAGACGUGGGAUCAGCUGGGGAAGCAGGUGCCCGGUUCCGUGGUUGCGCCGUCCGUUAUUCCCAGUGCUUCGCCCUUCCCUCUGCUUAUCGCUACCCUGGGGUGUAUCGAACCCCACACCUGCCCUCCAGCUUCUAUCAACCCCUGCUGCAAAACCUUAUGGAUCACGCGAGGGACACGCUGUUUUAACUCCAGUCGUGAAUAGGUUUAUCGUUUGUUUUCAGUAGGGUUUGAGUAUGGUGCGUCUGUUGUUUUUUGUAAAUUCCUGUUAUUAUUAUUUUUUUUUUACUCUCUGUUCAUUCAUUUGUAAAUAAACUUCAGUCCAUUUC